AUGAAGGCGUUAAUUGAAAAGUGUACAUCAGAAAAAAAUACACAAGAUAAUUGGGAUUUAAUUUUAGAAAUUUGUGAAAAAUACGCUAAACAAGAGCCAGCAAUUUGUAUUCAAACAAUAUGUAAACGAAUAUUUCAUAAAAAUCCAAAUGUAUCUAUACGAUCUAUAACAUUAUUAGAUGCAUGCAGUAAAAAUUGUGGUAAACAAUUUAAUAGAGAAUUAGCUUCAAAAGAUUUUUCACAAUUAAUCAAGAAAAAUUUCUCGAGUUUACAACGUAUUCCAUCUAUUAAAUUAAUUGAUAUCUUUGAAAAAUGGUCAAUUGAAUUUAAAAAUGAUUCAGAAUUAGCAUUAGCAGCUAGUUUUUAUAAUUGGGUUAAAACUGAAUAUCCAGAUCUUGUGAAACAAGCAAUGAAUGAAAGACAAAUAGUUAAACAUGGUCCUUCACGCCAACAUGUUGCACAAUUACAAGCUAAAGAAGAAGAAGAUCUAGCACAAGCUAUUGCUUUAUCACUGAAAGAUUCUGACAGUUCAACACCAUCCCAUCUAAACAAACAAUCUGUUACCACUUCAAAUGAGAAGUCUAGUUUAUAUCCUUCCUGCUCUCAACUUCCACUUAGUUCACUUUCAAGUUAUUCGACACCAGCAUCAUCAUCAAAUGCCUCUAAAACAACUGCUCCUCGCAAUUCAAAGGGACAGGUAAGAGCAUUGUACGACUUUGAAGCAGCUGAAGACAAUGAAUUAUCAUUCAAAGCUGGAGAGCUUAUCCUACUCUUAGAUGAUUCCGAUGAGAACUGGUGGCUUGGAAGCAAUAAUCAAGGUCAAGGUUUAUUUCCUGCUCAAUUUGUCAAACGUGGAACUGAACUUGAUGGAAAAAAAAUCGAUGAAUGUUUACGUCUAAUUACAACUGUAGAUCCUACUGGUGAAUUUCAACAAGAUCCACCAGAAUUAAGUCAACUUGAAGCAGAAUGUAUAGCAAUGGUCCCACUUGUUGAUCCUGAAUUAAAACUAGUUGAUAAAGAAAUUAUUAUGCUUACAGAAUUAAAUCAACGUUUAUUAGAUGCAUUUCAAUUGUAUCAUGAUAUCAUGUCACGUCAGAAUCCGUCAAAUGCUUAUUAUACCGGAAUGUCCAAUACUAUUGCUAACACCACGACCAACCCAAUAAAUCCAACAAUCCCUUAUUUACCACCAAAUACUCCGAAUAUAUAUCCAUACACCCAGCCAACAUCGUCGAUGACUAAAACUGCAUCUGCAGUACCUAUGAAUGGAUUCACUAUGCCAACAGAUUUGAAUGGAACUGUGAUGUUCCCUCCUACUGACUCUUACCCUAUGUCAACUGGAAUUUAUGCGAAUCCACAAACAGAAAAUUUCAAUGGUAAUCUUCCUCAAAAUCUUCAUAGUGGUCAAAUAUCAUCUCAACCCUUUCCUGUACAGCAGUUUUAUGAAUCAAAUCAAAUAGUACCUCCUGAUGUUGUUACACAACAAAUGCAAUCAUAUCCAUCUGGCAGUAACAAUUAUGGAGUUCCAAUUUAUCCAAUGAAUGAUUCUCAAUCUAUGGUGUAUACAGAUCAAUCAAACAAUACCCUCUCAACUCAGAGAAAACAAUAA